ACCCAAGCAGUUCAAAGAGUUGUCAUCAGUUUAAUUUUGUUUCUUCAGCAAAACGACAUAAAACCAACCUACAAAAUGUUCAAAUAUUUCGCUGUUGUCUUCGUCGCGCUCUUCGCCUUCGCUGCUGCCGAACCCAAACCAGCUGUGGUAGCCGCUCCUUUGGCCUAUUCUGCACCAUUGGUCGCUUCUCCUUACGCUGCCGCCUAUGCUGCUCCAUAUGCCGCUUACGCCGCUGCUCCUUAUGCUGCCUACGCUUCACCCUACGCCGCCUACUCCGCUUACCCAUACGCCAGCGCUGCUUACGUACUCCGCAAGUAAAUGGAAAGUAGAGACAGAAAUCUGUGAUAGUAAAUUGGAUUUGAUUGGCAAUGAAUAGGAUACAAUUGGACUAAAACUUUAUUGAAAAAAUAACAAAAAUAAAUUUGAAAAA